UCACCCUAUUACUCCCACCAACUACUUUAAACCUCAUAAACAUUCCAUUAGUCGACAAUCAUCAACUAUAAAUGCCCACAAAUGAGGCACCAUUUUUUAUUCCAUGAACCAGGCCAUCCCUUGGUUUACAUCCAUGGAGUCAUGGAAACCUUACUUGGCGAUGGUCGUGGUGCAGUCCAUAUAUGCAGGCAUGGCCUUGUUCUCAAAGCUAGCCAUUAGUGGAGGAAUGAACCACUUUGUGUUCGUUGUGUACAGACAAGCCCUGGCCUCAGUGGUAUUGGCACCCUUUGCAUACUUUCUUGAAAGGAAAGAGGCUCAUGCGAUGACGGUUACAAUCUUCUGCAAAGUUUUCUUGGUGGCCUCAAUAGGGAUUAGUCUUAGCAUGAAUCUGUACUACGUUGCCAUGAAAUACACUUCUGCAACCUUGGCGGCCACAACACCAAACGCCAUUCCUGCAUGCACGUUUCUCUUGACAAUUCUCCUAAGGAUGGAAAGGCUAAACAUGAGGUAUCUCCAUGGGCAAGCCAAGGUUGCAGGAACCGUGAUUUGUAUUGGUGGUGCUAUCAUACUGUCCUCGUACAAAGGCCCUCCUUUGAUCACACUCAAUCACUACCACUCUUUUCAUGCUGCUUCUCUUCCUACAACUCCGAAGAAAGAGUGGGCCAAAGGGGUAUUUCUCAUGCUCACUUCCAAUGCAGGAUGGUCCUUGUGGCUCGUUUUGCAGGUUCCCUUGAUAAAGUCAUAUCCCUCAAAAUUAACUCUGACGACCCUACAAUGCUUUCUAAGUGCCCUUCAAUCUGCUGUUGUGGCAUUCGCGGUCGACAGAAGAGCGUCUUCAUGGAAGCUAAAUUGGGAUCUCAAUCUCAUCUCCGUCGUCUACUGUCCCGGUUUGCUUUUCUGGAAAUGGGUGCCUAGGGAGAUGCCCCUUAUGGAAUUGGCAUCUAUUGGAAUGAUGGUGUAUGCUAUUUGGAUAGCAUUUGGUAAGGGACCUAGAAGAUGCAUGUCCACUGUUCGAAUUGUUUGGAAGAUAUGUCUGUAUGAAAUUCAGGGCGUGGUUGUCACCGGGGUUACCCAUUGGUUACAGCUAUGGUGCAUAGAGAAGAAAGGCCCAGUCUUCACAGCCAUGUUCCAUCCAGUAACUCUACUAAUAACUGCAAUUUUCUCAGUCAUCUUGUGGAAUGAAUGGAUCUACUUGGGAAGAGGCGUCUUGCGCAAGUCGGAAAGGAAGGAGGCCGAGUCAAAGAAGCGGAGGCAUUCCGAGGUUGCUGAGCAGGAAGGCAAACAACACCGAUGAAAGGCAUGCACACAGAGCUUAGUAUCAUUGUGUUGAGCUUGUGGCGAGAAGGCCCUGGAGAUUGAUCCCAGCAUGUCUUGGUACCACCAUCCUCUUGCACCAAGAAAGAAAAAGCAAAACAAAGAAAGAAAGGAAGAGCAAUGUAUAAAAGUAUUUGCCCAAAGGAGGAAUCCUAGAAUUCCGUCAGUUUUUUGGUUAUGGAAAAGUAUUGAUCUUCAAGAACGAGAAUCUCAUGAUAUGAUGGGAAUCUCUUAAGAUAACCACCCAUGCCUGAAAUAUAUCUUGAUGCCUAAAAGUUGGAUUGGUUAGCCACUAGGCAAAGAUUAUAUGCCCUUAAUUUCUAUGAGAUGCAAGAUGCUCAUUGAACUAUAAGAAACUAAUCUCCGCUUCUAUGGUCCGGGCACUACCCUAUCUCUCGCUCUCCACACCUCUCUUUCCCUCCUUCUGUGUAGGCAAAGCCUUCCCUUGCCAAAGUUGAGAAGCUGCCCUCCUAAACAAUCAGUCAAGCCAUUCGGUCAAGUACGGCGGCAGACAAGCGCCUUUUGGUAUUGAAUCAACGAAUCAUUCAAAAGCACUUUGAAUCCUGCAAAGGACA